CCUCACUUGAGCGUUUUCAAGUUCUAAAACAAACUGUGGCCAAAGUUCACAGCACAGAAAAGGCCCUAUCCUCUUCAAGCCCUCCUCAUAAUGGCGGAUCAAACAGAGGUCGAAGCGGGUAUCCAGAAAGGCGAGAGAAUCAUCGCUAGGUUGUUUCUCCCUGCCGGGGAUGAUCUCGAACUACCACGGGAAGGCUUCAACCUGAGAACCUAUGACAGAUUUCUUGCGCUCUUCGACUUCGAAACCAACGCUCUCGGGGCUGGCUGCGACGAAGCGAUUCUUGACGCUGUUUCGGUCAUGAGGGCCAAUAUUGCUGUCACCAGAGGUGAUUUACACACACAACUAUCAGCGAUCCAUGAACACCUCGAAGAUAAACUCGAGCACGCCAUUCACUGUGCUGUGCGUAUAUGGCUCAUGAUCAACACCAGACCGGCGCGAUUCGAUGGGACGGCGAUGGACCUGAGUCCCGUACAGAGCUGGGGUGAAAACCAGCGGCUAUGCGAUUUCGUCUACGGCGUCUUUUAUCCCGGGAGGCCUGCCUCGUACCCUACCCCGAGUGACAAUUACACCGAGCAGGAGUUGUCAGAUAUCGCUACCGAGAGUGCCCAGAUCCAGACUCGGCUGACCCAUCCCCUGACCGCGGUCAACCUCAGUCGGUAUCCCAAGGUUCAUAUCCACUGGACCCGCUAUCUUCCCGAACAUCUACAGUUUGAGCACAAUUUCAAGGACGUCAAUGUCUUUGAGCACAAGCAGUGGCUUGCCGACGCUGUCGCGCUGUUGGAGUGGCAUGCCGAACAAGAAGCACAGAAGGUGGCUCGGCGGCGAUCAGCCGAAGAAGGACUGGGUCCAAUACCACACCUUAACGAUCAGGGAGGGAUCCCGGCAGACAACGACUCGACGCUAGCGACUGAUACUGCCGCGACCCCCUCUACCACGGAUACUUAUAUCACCGCUACUACUGGUACUGACGCCGCUACUGUCCAAGCUUUACCCCCGUUCCCCAUCCCUCUCGAGGUCCUCAAAGAGGCGCUGCUCACUCUGGACUAUCUUUUCCCUCCCGACGAGAAACCAACUACCGAGUUCCUCAGGCGCCGCCACAACAGAAACUUUGAUAUCCUCGAAGUCACCUCCAGUAGUGGUCCGACGAAGCCCCGCCUUCGAGACUUUCGCUACUACCACGACCGCCUCGUGGAGAUUGCGCAAGAGUACCUCAACCCUCCCCGAGACUGGAGCACAGUCUGGAGCGACAACCGGAACCCAGUGCAGUUCUGGACAUUCUGGUUCGGUCUGCUCAUCCUGAUCAUAACACUCAUCUUUGGGGUGAUGGCGACGGUGCUAGCUGGCCUUCAGUACGGUGCCGCUAUCCAUCCUCCAGAAAAUGGAGGUGGUAGCGAGCCUAGGGGGCCGUGAUGCCCACUUGUAUCUCCCAUUUCAAUACGGUGCAAUUUGGAAACUUGUAAGGGCACGGGCUUUACAGAUGAGAGUAUGUUCUCAGCAGACUGGAAAGCAGACUGGAAUAACCAACUUGGCCCAUCGGUAU